GGAGUGAACUUUUAAACGCUGGACAAGUGUUCCUCGAUAUCAUGUUAACCACCAUCUGUAAAACGUUUUGUACUGUGGCUGAGUGAGCAGUACAUGAGCUCAUGUAUCGACAGGAGCUCGGUGAGCGUGGCAAGCCAGCUUUCUACCAGGGCAGAGUGGCCCAGGCCAUUGUUGACGUCAUCAACCAAAAUGGGGGAGUCAUGACCUUGGGUGACCUGAGCAGCCAUGACAGCGAGGUCAUCACCCCCAUAAGCACAGAGUACAAGGGUGUACGUCUGUGGGAGCUUCCUCCUAAUAGUCAGGGACUGGCUGCCCUGCUCAUGCUCAACAUCCUGGAGAACUUUCCUCAACUCAAAGCUAAAGGCCAUAACAGCUCUGACUAUAUCCAUGUACUGGUUGAGGCUGUGCGAUUGGCUCUAACAGAUGCUCUGCGUUACCUGGGUGACUCAAGUCAUGUGACUAUCCCUUUGGAAACCUUGCUGGACAAGGGCUACAGUCACCAGCGAGCACAGCUCAUCAGCACGGACAGGGCCAUGGAGCGAGUGGAGCCCGGCCUGAUGACAGGAAGUGACACGGUGUAUUUCUGUGUGAUAGACAGUGAGAGGAAUGCAUGCUCCUUUGUCAACAGCAACUAUAUGGGCUUUGGGACGGGGCUGGUCCCUAAAGACUGUGGAUUCUCACUACAGAAUCGCGGCGCUAACUUUUCCCUGUGCCGUAAUCACAUAAACUGCGUUGCUGGGAGGAAGCGGGUGUAUCACACCAUUAUACCUGCACUCCUCACCGAUUCAACAACCACAUCACAAAAACCCCGGCUCCUUGCUGCUCUCGGCGUGAUGGGAGCUUUUAUGCAACCACAAGGACACGUACAGGUACAGAGUCAGCAAGCGUCACAGAGCAACAAUGUGAGGCAUAAAGACAUUUGUUUCUUAACACUUUUCCUGCCAGGGUAUUGCCUUUAACUAACCAGAAUCACAUCCAGACCUCCCUGAAU